UCAGCUCCAGGGCUGCAGGUGGCCGAACACGUUGGCCAACUCGUCGCGCGACAGCCGACGACGGGCCUGAAGCGACAAUCAACAGGACAGCAACACGCCAUAGGCUGAUUGAAUCAUGCCCGUUGCCGUGCGUGUCCCUUACAGGUCCUUGGUUGACAGGAGGAGGGUUGCCACUUCUGUGGAUCAGACGAAAUGAUGGACGACUCACUGCAGGUGCCUGCAGAAGACAGAGCAAGAGGCACCAAUAGAUACACACAUGAAGAGUGCCGUGCUGCGGCCAUCUGCUGUGCGCACCUCGGCAUCAUCUUGAGUGGCGGGAUUGGGUGCGGCCGCCAGGAUCGGCUUGAGUGCAUCCACCACCCGCGACACGUCCUCAUGUGUGCGCGUGAGCUGCGACUGUGCUGUGGCGAUGUGGGAGCUGACGAGGGCACGCUGCACAUGAAGCUCCAGUGAGGUGGCCGACGGCGCCUGCGCGCAAAACAACAGCAGCAGUGUGCGAGAGCGAUGCAGCAGUGUGUGUGACAUGCCUGUCCAGAGAGGCUGGGAGGCUGCGCCUGCUCAAAGUGAGACCGCAACGCGCCAAGCUGCAAGGAAGACACAUACACACAGAGCCGAUGACUCUUGUCGCGCAGGAAGGCAGGCACACCGCUGUGUUGAGCUCCUGCAGGUGCCGGAGGCCCUCCUCGACUGCUCGCGUACCCUCCCUGACCUGACAGUCACACACGAGAAUGGAAGACAAUCAUCAGAAAGAAAUUUGUCUGUGGCGGUUGCUUGCCCACCUGAUGCACAUCCAU